ACUAGUGAAGUGGACGCGAAGAAACGAAUAGUCCCCUCCUUUCUCUCUUUCUGUUAGCUUCCCCAGAAAACCCAUUCCCACUACCGUCCGCUCUAUCACAGUAUAAGUUACGGCGAUCGACAAAUACUAAUUCAAAUCAUUUCUGUAUAGAUAGUUGCGGUAGACGAUCGACGACUUACCAGGUAUAUGGAAGGCGGUGGAUUGAGGAUGAUGAGGAAGGCGGAGAUCGAUACAAGCGCCCCGUUCCGGUCGGUGAAGGAGGCGGUGUUGCUGUUCGGCGAGACAGUUCUCGCCGGUGAAGUCUAUUCCAACAAGCAUCAAGAGAUGCAAGACGGGUCGUCGAGUGAAAACGACGGCGUUCCAUCAAAGCUGAGCAGCGUGACGGCGGAGCUAGAGGAGACAAAACAAAGCCUGCAAAAGGCACAAGAGGAAAGCCUGGUAAUGGCGACGUGCCUCUCAUCUUUACAGGAAGAGCUCCGGCGAACCAUGUCGGCGCUCCAGCAACUGAAAGAACAUUCCGGAAAACAGGGCGAGGAAUAUUCCGAGAUUGAAGACCUUAAGUUCAUCGAGGACACCGAAGUGAAACAUGAAAACGUGGAGUUCCAGAAGAAGAGAUACGUGACUUUCGCGAACCCGCCGGCUUAUUCUUGCCAUGUCAUGGCGCCGCCGUCGAGCGAUGACGUCGUGCUGGAGCGGCACCCUUCCCUCAAGAAGAAGAAGAAGAAGCCGUUGAUCCCACUUUUAGGGAUUUUCUUCAGGAAGAAGACUACUUAGAGAGUUUUAUAUACUAUACAAGUACGGCAUGCAUGCAUGAGAUCAGAGCUUAUAUAUAUACAGUUUUCAUACUUAAUAAUGUGGUUUGGUUUUGAUCAAAUGUCAAUUUUAUCAAACAGUGGCUUAAUUAGAGUGACGGCACAUAUAUACGAGCGAGAUGUCUGUUUAAUUUCCUGGAUAAAUGCUUAAAUAUAAUAAUAUAUACUUUGGACAA